AUGGGCCGACGCAUUCUGAGAACUGUCCUAUCCGUAACUAGCGAAUCGCCCGGUUUCCAAGUAAGCAAUGCCCACUACUACGCCCUCGCGAAGAUAAUCGUCGAGGCAAUCGACGAGAUGGUUUCGUUCUUCAUGGCAUUGGGGACCGCCUCUGUCGUUGACGAAGGUGGGCAGAGCGCAAAUACGAGCGAAACCGCCGGUCCUGCUCAAAUUGAUACUCAGGAAUCGAAAGAAACCCUGCGAGCAAUCUAUCUCGAUGCGAUAGUCUCGAUCCUAGGCGCCCACGGCGCAGAUCGAAUCAUCGAGCUGCUUGCCGACUGGGGCACAUUCCAGCACCGAGCGCGGGAGAUGCCCGGGCCGCACGUAUGGGUACGUCUGGCACUCAUGGUCACUGCGUACCUGGGCCGAGUACCCGAGCUCAAGGCUUUACUGCAGUUACACGGAGUAGACCCGGCCUCUACGCCCGAGGAUGACUGGAUCUUCCCGCCGCUCAUGAGUGCAGGGCUGGGUGGGUACUUCAAUACAGUCAAGUUGCUUGUGAGGGAGGGAGUUAGUCUGGAGGCUCGGAAUGGAAUUAGGGGAGGAAACAAUACCCCGGAUUUUGGUCCUUUGGACCCGCGGGAUAGCUGUGGCGGAGAGAAUGUCCUGCAUUUCGCUGCUCUGGGUGGGCACGUCAAGCUCGUUCGGUUCGUCCUCAGGGAGUGGGAGGACGCGGUGGAGGCUGUGGAUAAUCACGGGCAUACGCCGCUCAUAUGGGCGCUGGCUAGUGGGCAGACGGCGGCAGCGAGGGAGUUGCUGGAAUGGCGAGAUGGGGAUCCAAAGGAGAGAAAUAAACAGGCGAUGAAGGGAGAGAAAAAGGUGAAGAAGAAAAACAAGAAGACAAGGAACGGCGAGAUCCUCAGCACACCCAGUGAAGACCCAGGGAAGGAAACCACCACGGAGGCAGCUGCCCUCUUCCGGUUCGCGCUGCGCUCGCAAAGGCUUGACCCUGUGAUCGAGACCUUUCCGAGAAUCCUAGAGCAGGAGGAGACCCUGAUCGCAGUCGCCGAAUGGGGAACCCCCGAGCAGCUUCGACAUCUCCUCUCGUUGCAGAAAACGCCCAUGACCUACCGCAGCGCCGCAGGAGCAACGGUACUCCAUCACGCCAUAUAUUCCGGUAACUGCGAAAAAGUCCGAAUGGUGCUAGAACAGCCAGGGGUGGAUAUUAAUGUGCAUGCAGCUGCUCGCCUCGACGAAGCGACUCCUCUGCACGCUGCUUGCGAUCAAACACCAGAGGUAGUGAAGCUGAUCCUCGCCUGCCACGACGUGCACUUGCUAUCGCUCGAUUCCAGCGGCAGAACGCCGCUGAUGGCGGCUGUUGGGCACGCUCGCCAAGAUAUCUGCGAUCUUCUUCUUGAGCUGUCAGAUGCGACCGAUCUCUGGCGGAGGGACUUCCAGGGCAGAACAAUCCUUUCCAUAGCGGCCACCACUCAAGAUGAGAGGUUAGUACGACGGCUUCUUGAGUUGGCUCCUGCAAAGGAGGUGGUUAGUGAGGCCAUUUCCUACAUAGAUGACUACCUAGCUGGACCCAAGCGGCUUCCUAAGAAGCUCCAACAUUUGGGGCCCAUGCGUGAAGCGCAGGAGCGGGUCAGGAAGGGGACAUAUAGAAUAUUGGUGCAGUAUCGAGAACAGCUGGGCGGAUAUUUGAUGGAUGCUUAG